AGAUUCUUCCUGUUCUCCCUGAGCAGCAUUGUGUCCUCCAGGGUAUGGGUCAGGACCUCUUCUGAAAUGGCAGUUUAAGACCUACAAUCAGACAAGGGCAGGGAGCUGUCUUGAUCCCCAGUGGAGGCUGACAAAUUUUUUCCUGUGUACAGUGGACCCCCUUCACAGAGGUGGGUGCUAUGUGAGUGGAGUUGAUGACUGAUGGCUGACCAUUGAUACAGGCUAGGAAUACCAAUGAGCAACGUGAGCACUAUGUUCUCAGAGGAUGACUUCCAGUCAACAGAAGGAGCCCCAUCUGGUCCACAAAUACAGUGGUCCCAGGAUCUGCCAAGAGUCCAGGUUUUUAGAGAACAGGCCAACCAGGAGGACAGGAGCCCCAGGAGGACCCAGAGGAUCACCGGAGGAAAAGUGCUGUGGGGCCCCAUCACCCAGAUCUUUCCCACAGUUCGGCCUGCUGACCUAACCGGAGUCAUCAUGCCUCUUGAGCAAAGGAGUCAGCACUACAAGCCUGAGGAAGGCCUGCAGGCCCAAGAAGAAGACCCGGGCUUGGUGGGUGGCGCACAGGCUCUCCAAGCUGAGGAGCAGGAGGCUGCCUCCUUCUCCUCUACUCUGAAUAUGGGCACUCUAGAGCAGGUGCCUGCUGCUGAGUCACCAAGUCCUCCCCAGGGUCCUCAGGGAGAGUCCUCCUCUCCCACUGCCAUGGACUCCAUCUUUGGGAGCCUAUCUGAUGAGGGCUCCAGCAGCCAAGAAGAGAAGGGGCCAAGUACUUCGCCCGACCUGAUAGACCCUGAGUCCUUUUCCCAAGAUAUACUACAUGACAAGAUAAUUGAUUUGGUUCAUUUAUUGCUCCGCAAGUAUCGAGUCAAGGAGCUGAUCACAAAGGCAGAAAUGCUGGGGAGUGUCAUCAAAAAUUAUGAGGACUACUUUCCUGAGAUAUUUAGGGAAGCCUCUGAAUGCAUACAACUGCUCUUUGGCAUUGACGUGAAGGAAGUGGACCCCACUAGCCACUCCUAUGUCCUUGUCACCUCCCUCAGCCUCUCUUAUGAUGGCAUACGGGGUACUGAGCAGAGCAUGCCCAAGUCUGGCCUCCUGAUAAUAGUCCUGGGUGUGAUCUUCAUGGAGGGGAACUGCGUCCCUGAAGAGGUUAUGUGGGAAGUCCUGAGCAUUAUGGGGGUGUAUGCUGGAAGGGAGCACUUCCUCUUUGGGGAGCCCAAGAAGCUCCUCACCCAUGAUUGGGUGCAGGAAAAGUAUCUGGUGUACCGGCAGGUGCCCGGCACUGAUCCUGCAUGUUAUGAGUUCCUAUGGGGUCCAAGGGCCCACGCUGAGACCAGCAAGAUGAAAGUUCUUGAGUACAUAGCCAAUGCCAAUGGGAGGGAUCCCACUUCUUACCCAUCCCUGUAUGAAGAUGCUUUGAGAGAGGAGGAAGAGGGAGUCUGAGCAUGAGAUGCAACCAGGGCCAGUGGGCAGGGAAACGGGCCAAUGCAUGCUUCAGGGCGCCACACCCAGCAGUUUCCCUGCCCUGUGUGAAAUCAGUCCCAUUCUUCCCUCUGUGUUUUAUGGAGAAGUCAGUGUUAUCAGUAGUAGAAGGCACAGUGAAUGGAAGGGAACACAUUGUAUACCGCUUUUAGGUUUCUCUUCCAUACGGUGACUUGGAGAUUUCUUUUUGUGUCCUUUUGGUAAUUUUCAAAUAUUGUUCCUUUAAUAAAAGUUUUAGUUAGCUUCAACAUCUAAGUGUGUGGAUGAUGCUGACCACACAUUUAGUUUUGCUUAUCCAUUUCAAGUGCAAGAGUUUGCCAUUUUGUAAAACAUUUUGGGAAAUCUUCCAUCUUGCUGUGAUUUGCAAUAGGUAUUUUCUUGGAGAAUGUAAGAACUUAGCAAUAAAGUUGAACUGGUGUUGUGAAACAGAGAAAUAAAAGGAGAAGGUGAUUAA